GGCCAAGAUGGCUGCGCCCUCAGCACCUCCCGGCCCGGGGCUCCGCUGCCGCCUCCUCCUCUUCUUCUUCUCCCUCCUCUCCUCGCUGCUGGAGGCCGCCCGAGCGGCAGCUCCCGGGGAGGACUGCGGGUGCAGCGUGAGCCGAGGUGGAGGUGACUGGCGGGAGGCGGCGGCUCGGCGGUACUCUGCGGGCGGUGGCCGGAGCGCUGGGCACGGGCCGAUGGUGGCUAUUCCAGGAGGAGUGUUCACAAUGGGCACUGAUGAGCCUGCAAUACAGCCAGAUGGAGAGUGGCCUGCUAGAAGAGUCCACAUCAACAGUUUCUACAUGGAUCAGUAUGAGGUCAGCAAUGAGGACUUUGAGAGAUUUGUGAAUUCUACUGGGUACAUUACUGAGGCAGAGAAAUUUGGUGAUUCCUUUGUGUUUGAGGGGAUGCUGAGUGAAGAAGUGAAGGCUCACAUCCAUCAGGCAGUUGCAGCUGCUCCUUGGUGGCUGCCUGUAAAGGGAGCCAACUGGAAGCACCCUGAGGGUCCUGACUCCAGUAUCUCCAGCAGAAUGGAUCAUCCAGUUCUUCAUGUUUCCUGGAAUGAUGCUGUGGCUUUCUGCACGUGGGCAGGGAAACGAUUGCCAACUGAGGCUGAGUGGGAAUACAGCUGUCGAGGGGGCCUUGAAAAUAGACUGUUCCCCUGGGGCAACAAGCUCCAGCCAAAAGGUCAGCAUUAUGCCAACAUCUGGCAGGGAGUAUUCCCAACUAAUAACAGUGCAGAAGAUGGAUACAAAGGAACUGCACCUGUCACUGCUUUUCCUCCCAAUGGGUAUGGUUUGUACAACAUUGUAGGAAAUGCCUGGGAAUGGACAGCUGACUGGUGGGAUGUUCAGCAUUCAACAGAUGAAGUUCACAACCCUAAAGGGCCCUCGGCUGGGACAGACAGAGUGAAGAAGGGUGGAUCCUAUAUGUGCCAUAAGUCUUACUGCUACAGGUACCGCUGUGCAGCCCGCAGCCAGAACACCCCUGACAGCUCUGCUUCCAACCUGGGCUUCCGCUGUGCUGCAGACACCUUGCCACACCUCCCCUGACCUCCCAGGGGCUCAGUUCCACCCCAGGAAGAGGAGAGGUGUGGAGUGCCUCUUGCUGAUGACACAGUGCUGAAACUUCCUGCUGGGGGAGAAAAUAAUCCAACCCUACUUGGAACUGCUUGAAGAACUUUGCUGUGUUGCUCUUUGGGGAAGGUGGCCUGGACUUCUAUCCUGACCAAACUUUUUCUCAGCGAAUUCUUUUUAGUGGGAGUAUUUUGGAGCUGACUAGCACAAAACAGCAACGUGCCAGUUGUGGUUUAGAAGAUUAAUAGCUCCCUUAGAAAAGAUCUUUGCUGAAUAGUUUUAUUUAUUAUAGUUGGAAUUUCGACACUCAAAUCCAAUCAAGGACUUUACAAACUCCUAGACAGCUUUAAAAGGAAGUAAGAGGUAAGAAGCAAGGGCUGGAAGACAGAGCUGCUGUUUGUGCAGCCAUUGCAUUACAUUCCUGUUGCAGUGAAAACUGUGUUCAGAAAUGUGCUUUACCUGCUGAGAUACUUGCUGCUCUUUGGAAAGUGCCUUCUGCAGCUGAGGGAUGAUAAUCCUCAGGGUGAUGAUGAUGAGAAAUGCUGUACAGGUUUGAAUAAAAAUGUGAGGAUUUCUUUA